AUGACUCCGCACAGAAGACGACCACUUCCUGCCAACGCAAGACCCUCCAAGAGCUCAUUAAAGGUACUUGAAGACUUUAUUUUCUUUUUUUUUGGGGCCUCUUGCAAUACUCGAGUCGGGCCUAAACUUUGUAGAACAUUCAGUCUUGGCUUGAAGUAUCAGAUAGGUCUGAAACUUGGGCCCGAGAAAUUUGAAGCCUGAAAAGUUUGGGUCUGAUCGGAUUAUUGCAAGUGGGUUGAACAAUUUUUGGCAAAGUUAGGGCCAAUUCAUUGAUGUCGUUCAGAUCCCUCCCGAGUAUCUGAACUACUCGAUGAGCGACGAGAUGACGAGUCCGGAUCAGUACGCGUCCGACUUGGAUUCGAGCAAAAUCACCGAUCUUCACGAGUUCCGCCGCAACGGAUUCGGCCGUCGAUCCGAACGAUUCACGUCGGCGACACAGGCGAAAUUCGAGGAGAGCAACGGAGAAAUCGGCGAGCGCAAGGACGGAGUGGGCGACGAAUCGACGGACGGAAAACUGAAACGGAACUCGUUUUUGCGCAGAAGUCUGAACGCGUUGCGCUCGAAAACGCGGAGAUCUUACAGUGGAUGUGGGGCAGCGACGAAUACGACGUCUUCAUUUCUGAAUCCGAAUUCACAGAUUCCGGAAGAGGAUGAGGUGGUGUUCAUCGAAAGCGCGCCCAAGAAAAACAUGAAAUCUCUGUGGCGCCGUCUGUUUUUGUCGUCGAAAAAGGGCGGCGCGAAAGUGACGGACAAGGUGCAGCUGCUGAGCCACGUAGAAAAUGCGGCCGAGCCGGUGACCGUCUCGUUCGUCCGACUCGAAAAUCAGCACGACGAUCCGACGACGACGACGACGACGACGAUGCACUCGUUUCUGAGCGCCACCAACUUUGCACUCGGAUACUAUACGGGCAUCGGACGGAAGUUCGAGCGCGUCGCGUCGGGAAGCGAAAUUACGAUGGUCGUGUUCGGACACGCACACGCCGGAAAGACUACUUUUGUGAGUAAAAAAAAUACGAAAUACGAAAAAAAAAAUGAAGGGUUUUGUAUUGGAAUGUUGUGGGAAAAGUGGUUUUUGACACCUGUUUCAUGAAAUGUGAGGUUUUUUGCAUGGUACGGAGCAUCGGCACACAGAUUAUAGAAGAUUUGAAGAGCGCGAAAAGCUCAUAGGUGCGGGAUGUUUGAGAAACGCCAAAACACUUUUCAGUCGCGAUAAAGUCGGAAAUGUCUUAAUGCCUUAAGGACAAUCCAGAAAUCUGAGACUUGAGCUGUUUUUGACAACAUUCUGAACAUGUUUUGAAACUAGAGUUUUAAGCUUUACAACUUUUAUUUGCAUUUUGCAGGUGCGCGGAAUCCGUCAACUGUUCCUCGACGGCACGACGUCGUCGAUUCGCGUGAUCCCGAUCGCCGAACGCUACAAACUGGCGGGCAUCGGAGUGAUGCCGUAUCCGGUGGGCGACAAUCGCCUUCCCCACUUUGUAUCCCUGGUAAGAAGAAGUUCAGGGCCCGGAUCCCGCCUGACAAUCAUAGUGUUUUGUCCCGUCACAGCUAUGCUGGCGUUACGAACAGAACAACUAUAUUUAUUUCAGUGAAAUUUUCAAAUUUGCAGGUGAUCAGCCCAUCGCCGGACGUCGAAUACGUGUUGGACAUUAUCGAUCCGGAAUAUGACGUAGGAGAACCCUUGUCUUAACUGAAAAAGUCUGAAUUUUCAGGACACGAACCUGCCGCAAUCGUACAUGGACUCGUGCGACGCCGCCAUCCUGCUCAUUGACGCGCGCAACUGUGCGAGCCUACUGUCGAACCACCAGAUUCAGCGAAACAUGAAGACGGGUCAGGUGCAGUACGAGCUCGUGAUGAACGUGCCGUCCGAAGAGUCGGGACAGCCGCGGCAGACGUCGGUCCUCGAGACCAUGGCCGCCAAAAAGACGACGGUGCGCGAGAUGUGCGUACUCAAACUGGACAAGCACGCAGUCGAGGAGGUAACGUCUGAACAACAGUUUUGCCCAGUUUGCAUUGAAAUCUAGCACAAAGAGCACAUUGCUCGAAAAUUUCGAAGGAACGAUUGUCCAUUCCACAUUUUCAGAUGCUCUUCUCGAUUUGCGAACGCGUGAUGACCGCCCGUCAGCCGCGAUCACUGACUUCCUCGCCCGUCACCGUCACCGCCACCGCCACCGCAAUCAUCUAA